AUGAUAUAAAUAACUUAUUUGCCACGCAAAACCGCAGUAUUGUGGAAAAUAUUUUAAGUUAUCAUGACAUGGGGAUACGCGUGACACAAGCAACACUAGAAGAACCUGGCGUUAAAGAACUUAUAAGAAAUAAACCAAAAUUUGACGUUGUUAUUAACGAAGUUUUUCUUUCUGAAGCACUUUUUGGACUUAGUGAAUACUUCGAUGCACCGUUAAUUGGUUUGGGCACUUUUGGUGCUAUUCUUUGGAACACUGACAUGGUUGGUUCACCUUCUCCUCCCUCGUACGUGCCUAGCCCAAUGUUACGCUUCAGUGAUCGCAUGAAUCUGCUAGAACGCAUCGGCAACCUGGCAUAUCACACAUUUGAUCGAAUAUUUAGCGAUUACUUUUAUUUGCCACGACAAGAAGCGCUUUAUAAGAAAUAUUUUCCUCACAAUAAACGUUCCAUGUAUGAAGUACGUAAAAAUGCGGCCGCUGUGCUGCUAAAUCAACAUGUAUCACUUAGUUUCCCGCGGCCAUACAUGCCAAAUCAAAUUGAAGUAGGCGGCAUGCAUAUUAACCGCAAACGUAAACCACUCCCAGCUGAAAUACAAAAAUUCAUUGAGGAAGCUGAACAUGGCGUAGUGUAUUUCUCAAUGGGUUCCAAUCUGAAAAGCAAACAUUUGCCAUUAGAGAAGCGUCAACAAAUACUUCAAACGUUCCGUGGAUUAAAACAACGUGUAUUAUGGAAGUUUGAAGAUCCCUAUUUGCCCGACAAACCUGAUAAUGUUUUCAUUAGUGAUUGGUUUCCUCAGGAUGACAUCUUGGCACAUAAAAAUGUGCGCGCUUUUAUCACUCAUGGUGGUUUGCUUAGCACAACGGAAUCAAUUUACCAUGGCAAGCCAUUCGUUGGAAUACCAAUUUUUGGAGAUCAGUUUUUAAAUAUGGCACGUGCUGAAAAAAAUGGCUAUGGCAUUAUGUUGGAUUAUCAAAAACUUGAUGCUGCGACCUUUAAGUCGGCUAUAGAACGUAUAGUUGAUGAACCUUCUUAUACAAAAUUGGUACAUGAUAUGUCGGCUAGAUAUAGGGAUCAGCCUAUGCUUCCUAUAGAUUUGGCUGUUUUCUGGGUGGAACAUGUUGCACGACACAAUGGCGCAAAAUAUUUGCAUUGUGCUGGACUUGAUUUAGGUUUCCUGCAAUACCACAACAUCGAUGCAAUGAUAAUACUUUAUGGUGGCAUUCUCCUAGUUUUUGUGUUAAUCGUAUCUUUAAUAAGAUUUUUAUUAAAUUCGAUAUGUAAUAUUUUUGUUAAGAAAAACACGAAAAGCAAAAAGGUUAAAAGAAAUUAA